AUGGAUACGCUUAAAAUCUUCAAUUCCAAUGUCGUGAUCCAAAGAUUCUUUUACAGUGGCAAUUUCGUCAAUCAGCUAAAAUUGACUGCCCUUUCCUUUUCAUCCACUUGCCCAAAAAAGCGUUCCAUCUCCGCGUCAACGGCACCAGUAGGAACCGGUGGCCGCCAUUUCCACACUGCUGCCUCUAACCAUCGAAACACCAGCUGCUUCUCUCACAUGGCAGCUCCUACUUCCGAUGGUCACAAAGAAGAUGUCAAGGAUGAUCGCAUCUCUCGAAUUACAUCCGCCAUUCGCGUCAUCCCGGACUUUCCGAAGCCAGGGAUUUUGUUCCAGGAUAUAACAACGUUGUUGCUUGAUCCGGUUGCGUUUAAGGACACGAUCGAUCUGUUCGUUGAGAGGUACAAAGACAAAGACAUCUCGGUUGUUGCUGGAGUUGAAGCAAGAGGUUUCAUAUUUGGUCCUCCUAUUGCGUUGGCAAUUGGUGCCAAAUUUGUCCCCAUGAGAAAACCAAACAAGUUGCCUGGAGCUGUUAUAUCUCAAGAGUAUUCCUUGGAGUAUGGCACAGACAAAAUUGAGAUGCAUGUUGGAGCGGUACAAGAAGGAGAGCGUGCUCUUGUAAUAGAUGAUUUAAUUGCAACCGGAGGAACCUUGUGUGCUGCAAUCAGUCUACUUGAGCGAGUUGGAGUCAAAGUAGUCGAGUGCGCUUGUGUUAUCGAAUUGCCCGAUCUGAAGGGUCGGGACAGAUUAGGGGACAAGCCACUGUUUGUGCUCGUAAGUUGAAAUUGAUCUUCAUUAUUUCCUAAAAGCUUUGAUUGCUAUUGCUGGUUCUAGAGUGGUUUCAUGUAACCGGUACUCAUGUCUUUACUUUUGUGAUUUUAAGACUCGUUUUGGAAAUUAAAAUAAUUUGAUCAAUGAGAGCAUUAUUUGAGUUUAUGAAACUUGAAUCAAAUGUCUAGGUUUAUGAUUUUGAAGC